AUGCAAGCGCCAAAUCUAGGAGCGGCCCAGCCGUUUCGCCCGGCUCCCUUUCCUAUGGAAGGGCAAGGAAGAAUGAAUCAACUCGGCGGAGUCUUCAUCAACGGUCGACCUUUGCCGACGCAUAUUCGACACAAAAUCGUAGAAAUGGCUGCAAUGGGCGUCAGACCCUGUGUGAUCUCAAGACAACUGAGGGUCUCACAUGGAUGCGUAUCGAAGAUUCUUUGCAGAUACCAAGAAACCGGUUCGAUCAAACCCGGUUCCAUCGGCGGCAACAAGACGAAAGGAACCGCGCCCGAGAUCGAAGAAAAGAUCCUCCAAUACUCGCGAGAAAACGCCGGAAUCUUCUCAUGGGAGCUGCGUGAAAUGCUCAUCAAAAACGGCGAUUGCGAGCGAUCCGCGGCACCAUCGGUUUCGACAAUUUCUCGGACUCUUCGAGCUCAUGGCGUUCCUGAACCAGCUGAUGUCAAGAAAGAACCUGGACAGGAAGGACAAAUCGACCCGGGAAGCGACAAAUCUGACGGAUCAGAGGAUGAAGAUGGAGUCAACUUGCCGCUGAAACGAAAACAACGAAGAUCGAGAACUACCUUUUCUGCCAAUCAGCUGGACGAGCUGGAAAAGUGCUUUGAAAGGACGCACUAUCCAGAUAUCUACACAAGAGAAGAACUCGCCGGAAGAACUGGUCUUUCUGAAGCAAGAGUUCAGGUUUGGUUCUCGAAUCGACGCGCUCGCUGGCGAAAACAAAUGACCGCUUCUCAAAUCACCGGUCCUCUUCCUCCCUUCCCCUCUUCUCACUCUCCAAUGAUGGGAGCAUCGACUCCUUCCGGGGCUCCCCCACCACCAAUGGUCUCCAUGCAGAGCUAUGCUUCGACUCCUGUGGCUCCUCCAGUGACAUCGAUGUAUUCCACGAUCCCAGAAUUCUCAUCCCCGUAUCAGCCAAGUGUUGAAUUUGCUCCUACUCCCAACUAUGGCCAACCGAACUUCAACUACUCCUCAAUCUCAACCACCUCCUCGAUGCCGAGUGAGCUCCCUUCCGCGACGAGUUUCCUUUCCUCGCAUACUCCUUCACUCGAAACCCCUUCGACCGAAACACCAGCGCCGCCAGCCCUGGCCUCCCCGCCAAUCCCAACAGCCGAGCAAACCCCAGUCGCUCCCGUCGAAGCAAUCACGAAAAUCGAAGAAAACUCCGGCUCCGAUUCUGGCCACGACGCCCGCUCGCCUGGCUCCGAUCAGAAUUCUUCCAGCCCAAAUUCGAGCAACAAUUCUUCCGGCUUCGGCGACUCUUCCGCCAAUCCGCUGACUUUCACUCCCUACGCGGCGCAGACGAGCUUCUACCAGCCACAAUAUGGAUACGUCCCGACUUUGGAUCCUCUCGGAGGACAUUACAACCCGUACAAUAAUAUUUAUUCAAGCCAAUAA